CUAACCACGAGGAAGCAAGUUUUCCCCCCUAAGAGUGAUAAAACCAAGUCAUUUUCCGAGACUGAAGAGAAGUUUUAGAACCUCUCACAAGUGGGAAGAUGGCCGUCAGCCAAAAUGUGCGCUUAGUCCACUACAAAUAACAGGACAGAAUCGAAUCUGACACACCAACUCAACGACAAUGGGUCCAAGAACCACGGAAUUUAUCACUUUCAUUGCGCUGUUGAUGUUCUGUACUUUGAUAGUGUUGCCCUCAACCAGAGGUGCAAUGUUUUGUUUUUCGAAACGCAUCGAGGUAGAGAACCGCUGCACAGUUCAUCUUGCUCAUAACCUCAGUAGCCCUGUGAAUUGCUGCGAGGCUUAUCCAAAUGCGUAUUACAUUAUCACCAACAUUUCACACCUGACACCAGGUUCAAAGGAUCACAAACUGUACAUGGAACGUUUGAGAUUUAUUGGCGCCGACAACUGUUUUGCAUCUUGUAGAAAAACUGUUGAUACAGGAAAGAAGUGUAGAGUGAAGCCAAACGGAAAGGUGAAAUGUUCGUGUUCCAACCAACCGCGUCCAGUAUGUUCGACAGAUCUGUGUACGUACAAAACUGAGUGCGCAUUCAAGGAAGCCCGUCAGAAUGGAAGACUUGAACUUGAGGUGGCAUAUCGUGGGAUGUGCCAAACUGGCUGUAGGAACGUUUCCUGUCGAAAGAAUCGUACUUGUGUUUUGGACAAAUACGAGCGCGCGCUCUGUAUUAAGUGCAAUUAUCCGUGUGGUUCAUACCACGGCGGAGAAGUUUGUGGGGCUGAUAAUAUUACGUACCAAAGCAAUUGUCAUCUCAAACAGAAGACCUGCGAAAAAGGGACGACGAUAGGUGUGGCGUACAAGGGAAGAUGUCAUGCGAGUGCUACAUGUGACAGUAUAAACUGUGGAAACAAGCUGUGCGUACUCGAUCAUCAAGGGCGACCUCGAUGUGUCACUUGUAAAUGUCAGGAGUCCAAGCCGAUUGAAUGUGCAGGGUCAGGAACUUCCAUGCCGACUAUAAUAUGUGGCUCAAAUGGGGUAACUUAUCAAAAUUUCUGCAAACUGCGAGAAGACAUGUGUAGUCAAAAGAUAUUCAUCGAUAUAAAACAUCUUGGAAAUUGCAAAGGGAAGCUGCCGCCAAAAGACGAGGUACCAAAACUGAUAGCCACUGCGAGUCCAAUAGCGAAACCCUCCAAGUCACAGGACGUAAGCAACUACUACAUCAGUCUGAGAAAUUUGGUAGACAUCUUGAGGAAUAAUUAUCCGUUGAAUAUAACAACGCCUAAGUACAAAAAACUCCGAAACCACGAAAAGAAGAUAUCUGUAAUUAAGCUCUUGGAGCAAAUAAAGACGAAGUGGAGAAGGGUAAAGAGCUCUUCCCCUCAAUAAAGCCCUGGUUUCGUGCGAGGGCGACAUUGGUAAAUGGGAUUAACGACCAAAAAAAAUCACGAAUUCACGCGGUUUUGUGAGGAAAACUGACUGAUAAAAAAAAAUUGUUAUGAUGCAAUUGCUGCCUGUAUGGGGUAAAUUAUCCAAGAGGUCGACGAAUGAUUGCAAGAGAUACGGUGAAGUUUCCGAUCUCAUUGGAUCAGCUGAAUACAAUUUUCCUAUAUCAAAAAAACAAGUUUCCUUGAAAAUUUAUAAAGUACUGCUUUCCGCAUUUUGCUACAGUUACAGCGCAUAACUUUUACAUCAGGUGAUUUACUAAUGAAAAUAUUUAGGAUAUUGAGAAUGAAAACUGCAAACUAAGAGCUCUCAAAUAUUCCUCGCUAAACUUUUUGUUGAAAGCCUCUCACACAGUUCUACAGUGACUGUUGUCAAGUAAAACAUAUCGUUGUUCAAAUGAACUUCUUAUAUUAAGACGCAUACGCGUUUCAAGAGACAAUGCCAAACGCUCCUUCCUAGAUUCCUAGACAGAAUCCAGCGUAACUUCUCGGUUAUCACUGGUUGUAUCAUAGCCUCAAGGAAGCUUCUAAGGUUCACAAAACUUCGACCGUAUGUAAUUCAAUGUAUUUAGCCUUUUUAUGGAUGUAAGUUAUUUUUUAUUGUUAUCGACAUAGACUUAGGAGAGUCUUGCAUUGCAAGAGGACAAAAACAUAUUUACUCUUUUUUUUAUAUUUUGCCAGAAUUUACUAUAUGCCUACGAAAAUAAAUGUAAUAUAAUAUCUUCAA